GGCGUGGCUUAAAUGGAUGUAUGGGGUUUUGUGAUUUCCAUUAAGUUUUUCUGACGUUUUAUUGACAAGGAACGAGUGUUUAAAUGCAGCAACUUAAUAUGCUACAGGACAAGAAAAUACUAUUUCCGAGGACUCUUAACCAUUGAUGUCAGUCUACAGCGGAGUGGCGAAAAGAGGAAGAUGCCUGCAGCAGAAGAACCAACUUCCGGUAUGAACAGUGUUGUUGACAACAUCUGCAGACUUCCUCCAGAUCUGUUCACUGAAACGAGUCAGCAUAUUCUGGUUUACCUUCAAGGGCAUACAAGCGGAAUAGAUUCAGCUGAAAUUUCUCACAAAUUCCUGCAGGCUGGAGUCGGACUUAAUCAUGAAGCUCAACAAGAAAUUAUCCGAUUUCUUUUGUUAACAUUCAGGUCAGCAGGACAGAGGAACAUCUCCGCUGAUGAGCUGGUGUCAAAGCUGGAAGAAGGCAGUCUGAAGUGGUCCAAAGCCUCCCUUCAGGUUCUGCACAGGCUGUGGAGUGAACAGGGCGCCGCAGUCCACGCCCAGCAGGAGGUCCAAGCCGCGCUCCGCAUCGGUCAAGUGGUGGACGUGCAGUGGAGGCUGGGGAUGGCGGUGAGCUCAGACAUUUGCCGAUCUCUCAAUUCUCCGUACGUUACGCUGCUGCUGAAAAUUGCUGAACCCUCUGGACUGAUCUGUCAGAAGUCCUUUGAGAUGAGUGUUCCACAGUUUCAGAACUUCCACAAGCAGUUUAAGGAGAUGGCUGCUCUGAUGGAGACUGUAUGAGGAUCAGCCACCACCUGUUUUAAACACAACCAUGAACUGCAUGAACAAGCUAACACAAGGAUUCCUCUCCAAUGAUCUCAAAAUUACUAUAAAUAAUUGUUUAUCUGCACACACGUCCUAUUAAUAUAUUUGAAAAUAACCGUCUUCAAAAUAAAUACCUAGAGUUAAAUACCUUCUUUUCAGUAUUUUUGCAGGUACUUAUAAUUUCAAAUGAGUUUUGCACAGAUGUCAGAAGGAUCCAACUUAUUAACUUCCUAUAUAAAAAACAAGCAACCAUUCUUUCUAUUAAAAAGACCAAAAAAAAGUGUUUUCUUUUAUUUCCCCCCCAAACAGAAAAAAAGAUUGUAGACUCGGGGAGAGCUGGCAUUUCAGUAUCUGGGCACCUACAACCUGGAAUUUACUGCAAAGAACAAUUUAAAUCACACAGCUCACAACUCUGUUGCUACUCUAAAAUAAAAUCACUAACAUGUUUUUAAAUUGUA